AUUUAUCAAAACACAUGGUUUUUCAAGAAACUUUUCGGUCGGAUUGACAACAAAUCGUUCCGAAUUAGACGGAAUCGUGUACGGAUUGUGUGAUUAGUGCGUUUUGUGUUUAUUUUGUGUCAAUUUUCUUACGAGAAUCUCGUUAUCGUUGGUAGUUUCUGGGCGGAAAAGAACAAAAUACCAGAAUUUGUACGGGGUGGAAUAUUUUCAUGCUCCUGUGCUGGGUGCUCUCAUUACCUCCUACAGUGUUGGCAGAUCGGUGGCCAAGGUUUAACCAGUUUUACGUGUAUUUAUUUUUGUGAGACGAAAUGAAGUGGAUAGUAAAAUUUAACAUUCUAUUUCUCUACUGCUGAUAAGCUGUCGAUUGAACGUUGAUAAACUCUAAUGUUGCUCGUGUCAGUAUAAAUUAUUAAAGAUUGUCGCUUUCGAAUAGAAAAGAUCGUUUUUGCUGCUUGUGCAAUUUUAAAUUUGUGCUUAAUCGACAAAUGACAAAUAGCGAACAGAAGCAUUAAAUUUGGCAUCACACUGAAAAGUAGAAAUUCUCACUAUUUGUGUUGAAGAUUCGUCCGUGCUUCGCCCUGUUUUCCAGGAACAGAAAGCGCCAGAUAAAAAUGUGAAAAUAUACAUUCGUUUUCGAAAAUCAUGCUUAUAACCAUUGUAGCCAAUGACAAACGAAAUAUGAAGCGAACAGAAAUGGAGGCAUACAAUAUCAGACUAGCACUAUUCGUGGCCAAGGUGUGUUUUUGUUUUGCUAUGCCUUCACCAUUACUAUAGCUGGUCGACAUUGUCGACGAUGUCGCUUCGCUAGAUUGUGUGUAGAAUUGUUUUGAUUCAAGCAUUUAAUUUUUGUGUCGAACGAAAAGGAUAGAGCAAAAAGCAAACAGUAAGUGCGUGUUAUUAUUGUGGCGAGUUAAUUAAGCAAUGCGUCAAAACCGAACAAUCUGGACUAGCCAGUGAGAGUGGUCCUUUCGAGUUUCUCAAAGACAUACUUUAUGCUUGAAACGUAUAACAUAUUCCAAAACAAGUUGGAUUCUGGAUGCAAGACAUUGGAGGUAGAGCUCCAAACAAUGAUCGCAAACGGUUCACCGCAGAUCGGUGAUCGGGUCUGCCCUUCGUCGGCGUACAGUUGAUUUGCAAAAAUCAAUCAAUUUAGAUGUAAUAGAUGAAUUGAAAAAACAUUCUGUAACCUCGAGCAUCGAAGUGUAAUCAAAUCUCGUUAGCAAAAUUGAGUGUGCACCGGAUAGUAUACGAAGUAAAAUUAUUAGAAGCGAUUAGAAAAUUUAUAUUAAGAAACCCAUGAAUCGUUGCUGUUACACUGCAGAGUAAAUAAGUGUGUGAAAUGUCAUCGUAAUGUCAAACACUGUGUGAAAGGAAACUUAUCGUGAAACAUAAAAGGGUAACAAUUUUGUGUUAAAUCAAGGUAUAUAGUCUGUGUAAUCAGUGUUAUUUAUACUGAAGAGAACGAAAUGCUAGUUUUUCGAUGCUAAAGAGGCUAGUAAUUAUGGCAGGAAGCAGUUUUUUUCAAAGGAGCAACUAAAAGGUUUGGUGUGUGUCAUCCGGGGCAAGCAUCGAAUUGUUCAGAAAGGGCAUCAAGACGUCUUCGGAAAAACCGCCCUUUCGGUCAUAUUCCAACUGUUCACAUGGGCCACCGUGGCGGAAAAUUGCCGCCGCGAUGUCCACACUUACCAGCAACGCUAACAGCAACAACAACAAUCUUAUCAUCAACACUUACUCUACACCAGUCACAGGUUCGUCAGCAAUCGGUAGUGGCAGCAGCAGCAGCAACAACAACAACAAUAACAACAACAACAGUAACAACGCCAUUAACAACAAUAACCACCCGGGAACACAACCUUUCGGCACAACGACGACGCAUCAACAUCACUACCAGAGCGCGCUUGCUUCCGGUGUUAGCAGCGUUAAAAGAUUACUUCCUUUACCCCGUAGUAUGUCGUCCUCGUCGAACGGGGGUGGUGGAACCGGUGCUAGUGUAGUCGGCUCUGGUGGAUCCGGUAUGAGUAACUCAGCAGCAGUGGGAACCAGCGGUAUGUCGGUGUCCGGCGGCAUGAUUCCCACCGAGCUGAACGUGGUUCUGCACGGGUAUCACCGGAAGUUGAAGACCAACAAGAAGAAAUACUUUGUUGUGUACGGUGAUACACCGGAGAAGAAUGCUCGGUUAGAAUAUUUUGACAGUGAGAAGAAAUUUAAACAGUCCUGGCUGAAAAGCAGUUCAGUGCAAGCCAAGAGAAGCAUAGUUCUGCGUAGUUGCUUCAACAUCAACAAACGGCACGACACUAAAAAGCAUGUGAUUGCGUUGUACACUAAGGAUGACUGUUUCUGCAUUGUGUUUGACAGUGAAGAGGAACUGAACCGCUGGCUGCGGACACUGCUGUCGCUGCAGCGUGGCGAGGAGUCGGAGGGCGAACCCCCCAGACCUACUUUCGAGCACGUUUGGGAUGUGUUCGUUCAGCGCAAAGGCUUGGGCGACAGUUGCGGCAUACUUGGCAACUAUCGCCUGUGCAUCACGAACAAAACGCUGUCCCUCGUGCGGAUAGGACCCCCAACCACGGCGACCGGAGACAGCCGCGUCGAGGUGGUCGAGUUUUCACUUGCAUCGAUACGAAGAUGCGGUGCCUCCCAGCGCUACUUCUAUCUGGAGGUCGGCAGGAGUUCAAAGACGGGCGCCGGCGAGAUAUGGAUGGAAGCACAGGACACUAUUAUUGCCCAAAAUAUGCACACAACAAUCAUGAAAUCCGCAAAAAACAAAGACGGCGACACGCUCGACCCGAUUCAGCGGAACCGUUCCUCGUCAGCUAACGCAGCCUCGAAACCGACCCAGAUGCAGAUCCGCCGCCAGACGCAUGCGGGCCAGAAACCGAUCAACUGUUCUCCCUCUGGUGGCGCCGCCAUUGCACGAGAACGCUGCGACAGUCUUCCAUCGCGGAACCGUACGACCAGCGAAACCAGUACCCAUCAGCAGCAGUUGAUUAUGAAUAGUGGCGGAAUGCCUCCGCCCAGGACGAUCCCGUCUGCCAGCUUCAACCGACCGCACUCGAUGGUCGUCAGUCGUCAGAGUCACAGCCAUAGUCCGCCGGUGCACUCAUCCCCGCUGAGUCCACCGUCAACCGGUGCAUGCUCUACCGGAAGCGACGGGUCUUCGCUCAGCAUCGACGAAACGGACAGCUUCGUCGGAUCACUAACACCGGACGAAGGCAAUGGCUUUUCCAAGGUCAUUAACGCUCUCAGCUCGGGUUGCUCGAUUCCGGAGGAAAACUCCGACGAGUACAUUCACAACUACGGGAGAAUCAACCAGAGGCUAUUUACGCAGCACCGCUCCAUGGAUGAAUUCGGAAGUCAUGCGAUCAGAAGGAACAGUCCCGCACCGCCGGCCAACGCGGUCGGUUCGGUCGAGGGCGGCAGCAGCAACUACAUGGAAAUGUGCAGUCCAUGCGGUAGCUCACCGGGAGACCCUUCCGGCAAUGGAGGCUACAUACCGAUGUCCCCGAUUGCGGAUUUCCCGCGCAGCUUGUACCUGGGUAGUUCCAGUGCACAUUCGCGCGCCUCCAGCCUGGCGGAAGACACCGUCGACGGUUACGUUCCUAUGGCAGCUCCAUCUCACACGACGGAAGAGUACGUGGACAUGGAGCCGUCACACAACAGUAGCAGCAGUAAUCGAACGGUCCCGGUACCUACCGUUGCGGGAGCGGGUGGAUCAGGUAACGGUGGUAACAUUAGUUCGGCUGCUUCUAGCUGCAGCAUAACGUCCGGCACUCCGUCGACCGAUAUGCGCUUUUCCGAGUACCAUCUCGAAAAGGUGGUCGCUCGCUUUACGCCGAGUGAGGAUGACGAAAUGGAUCGACCGUUGCGAACGUAUUCCGUGGGAAGCCGGUUGGAGCAUAACAAACGUAAAUUGCGCGUCGAUAUGCUGAGUUCCGAAGCUUCGUCCUCAAACUCGAGAGCUCGGGCAUUCUCUGUUGGUUCUAGAGCGAAAGUUCCUCGGUCGGAUUUAUACAAAGGAGCUCCGAUCACAGCACCAUUGUUAUCUAAGGGCAGUUCUGGCAGUAUGCAGGAAAGCAGUAGCAACACCGGUAGCAUUUCCAAUUCGGCCAUCGGAGUCGAUAUUGUGUGCUCGGGUGUGAGUCCAGGAGUGAAGACAGGUAAGAAAUCAUCCAGUGCACCGGUGCUGGCCAUCAAGCAACACGGUUCUUUCGAUCCAAUGGAUGAUCUCAUGGAGAUUGAUUUUGGCACGCCAUUCCAUGGAGAACAAGACGUAAGUAGCAGUACACCACAGAAGGGAAUGGGCAUGGAAGAUUACAUGGAAAUGACUGCUGGAGGUGGCAAUCAAAAUACCGCCGGUUACGUGGAAAUGAAACCUGGUCAUAUUCUCAGCAGUUCAGCAAACGCGAGUACGAUUGAAGAAAGUGAUUACUUGGAUAUGAGACCUGGAACUGCCGGGCUCGAAUCGAACCUGUCGACAAAAAGCACAAGCUCUCCUAUUCAAAUUAAUUCACCGAAAAAGUUCAAUGGAGGCAGCAACAACAACAGCAACUAUCUCGAUAUGUCGUCUCGUUCCAUGGAAACAUCGUCCAAAUCAUCAUCUACCUUAAAUCGUAGCACCAAAGUACCCUCGGAAGAUUACCUGAACAUAAGUCCACUCAUGAUGAGUGACACUGCUGCUGGCGGUGGUGGAGGAGGUGGGGGUGACAGUGGUAAUGAAGAUAAAAUGACUCAUGAAGAUGAUGAAUUAGUAGCUCCUAGCAGUGCCCCCGAAGGUUAUAUGGAAAUGUCCUGGAAUCAGGCUAAAUCAGGUCUCAAGCCGGAAAGUCAUGCAACAACGACUGCGUCUGAUGAGUAUAUUAAUAUGGAUUUCUCCCGCCGGGAAGUAGGCGGUUCGUUAUUGGGUGCAGAUAUACGUUUGAGUUCACAUCCCAUAGCAAUUCUACCUGGCAACGGUAAUCGCGCUUCCUCCGGAGACCUAAUGGAACCAAAGAUGGGCGGUGUGCCGUCCGGUAUCCCAAACUAUCUUCCCUUGAAUUCUGCGGCAGCUGCUGUUGCUCAGCGACAUCCAGUCGUUGCUCAAAUUGGCUUUAGUCCGAAACAGAACAGUUCUCGGUCAAGAUGCGAUUCGAGAGACAGCGGAAUUGUUACUCCCUCUGGUAGUCAAGCUACGAUAUUUCCCUUUAGUCCCGGAAGUCCCAUUAAAUCAUUUACGAUUAAUUCGGAAGCAAGCGCGGAGGAACGUAAAUGUUACAUGGAUGGCACAACGGGAACGUUGCGCAUUAGUGAAAUGGAGGAAGACGGAAGCGAGUUCCUGGUCGUAAAUAAACAACCGCAGUCAAAGGAUCCGGAAAGCAGUAAGCUAGAGGAUCUAAGCCAUAACUAUGCGGAGUUGAGUUUAGGUCAACAACAGCAGCAACAGCAGCAGCACAAGACUGAUAAAAGUCGUCAAAGUUCCUUCAGCAGUACCAAACGAACUAAUCUGAGUUUAAUUUUGACUACGUCUACCAACACCAGGACGACGGCUACGAUAACAACCAUGAAAACAGCUGUUGAAUAUCCAGACUACGUCAACUGCAGUCCAGCAACGACUCCCAUCGCUGUUCCGAAGCCUGCAACUCCAAUGGCUGUUGACGAUCAAGCUGGCGAUUACGCCAUCAUGAAUCCUGCAAGCUUGCGAAAACUGUCCAGUACUUCGCAAUCUGAGCUGCUUUCCACCACGGAUGUAGGUCUUCCGCCGCUGACGAGAAAAUCCUCCAAUCUGAUCGGUUUUAAACCGAUAACUUCCAGUCAGGACGAAGCUCUUCUGCAGAAAAAAGGCAGUGGCACUUCCCCGAAACCGACCUUCUGCCGACAGUAUUCGGAACGUCGAGCCGGAGCAUCGUCCACCGAAGCAUCAGCCUACGAAAUGCUUCAUCGUUCUUACUCACGACCAAAUAGUGUCAACAGUGAAAAGAUCAGUGGCAAAUGUCCGUCGACUUCGGCAGGAUCAACGCGUCCUAAUUCGGCCAAUAGCGAUCGACUUCCUACCAUAUCUGCUACCUCAUCAUCGGCUUCCUCUACAUCAACGCUGUGCGAGAGCAAAAAUCAGAGUCCGACAGCGUCUAAUACGAUGAUUGCCGCUAGCGGAACACCCUCAGCGGUUACCAUUGGUCCGCGAUCUGAUUCAGUUACCUCGCAUACAGACCCGCACAUUAUUUCACGACCGCCGUCAGUCAGUUCGGAACGUGAACUACACUACGCAAGUCUCGAUCUUCCACCUUGCGGAACAAAUCCCCCUCCCAGUGCAAGUGCCACCAGUCGAAUGGAAGUUGACUCCGAUGGCAGUGCUCCUCCUUCGGCAAAUUCCGCUGGACGCCCUGUAGGAGGAUCGGACUCGAUGAAUUCCAGCCCUAGUCCAAACUCAGGAUGUACCUCGCAACAACAGACUGGUUCUGCCUUCACCUAUGCUCAAAUCGAUUUUGAACGCUUGGCACAACAAGUCCAUCAGCAACAGCAACAGCAGCAGCAGCAGCAGUCGUCAAGCAAAAGCAGCCAGCAGUAGGAAUGCAGCAGCAGUACACACACAUACAUACAAACACAUACACAGGUACACUGAAACUGCCAAUCCGAAACUACAGAACAGCCCCUCCUUUGAAUGUAAGUAAUAGUGUUUAAGUCCUGUGCUGUUCCAUCCCCCAAAAAAGGGGAAAAAACAUACACACUAAUGCGCAAAGACACCGACUCACCUAAUGGCCGCGUAUCCAAAAAUACCCGAAAUCUUCGGAUUAGGAAAGUUUAUAGUUACCUUUCUUUCUACGAAUGUAAAUAAAUGCGCGCGCGUGCAGCAGCAGCAGCAGCAGUGUCUGUGGCGUCGAGAGACAGACGAAUAAGUAUCCCCCAUUUUUCCGGGGUCGAAGAUUUCUCUCCAGUAGUACUACACAGAGAGACAGAAAACAUCUUCAUAAGUAUAGAAACCUAGUGGCUAAGCGUAGAAAAUUUAAAGAGAAAAAAGAAAAAUAUUCCAAAAAUAGUGUAAUCAAAAAUCUAAUGCAACAACAGCAGAAACCUUGAAAUAUAAGCUGAAAAUUCAAUUGCCAAAAUAAGCUUUACUUGAUUUUGUUGUUUUUUGUUCACUUUCAUCAGAGGGAUAGAAGAGAAAAGUAACCUUACACAAAACGACUAUUUAUUAAGCGUCAAAAAGUAAUGAAAAACACACACACACACACACAUACGCAGAUGAAUUCCUAGCGAGUAAGUAAAUUAAUUCGGAAUGAGUAAUGCUGUAAGUUUAGAUUAAAUCUAGAAAGAGAGAAAGCAACUAUAGAAAACUUUAUUUUUUAUUAAGAAAAAUCAACUUUUUAACCGGUAAGAGGAAACUAGAUUUAGUUGGAAAAAAUAUAACUUAUACAUAUUUAAGCGUAAGGAAAAAGGUAAGAAAAAUUAAAAGAAAAAUAUCUAUAUACAUAGUGUAAGCGAAAAAGUAAGCAGUAAGUGGUCAAAACAUGAAAACUAUUCAUAUAUACAAACACACAGAGCAGUGAAAAAAAAACAGAAAACCAAGAAAAAAUGCAUCUACAUUUUACAUACUCGCAUACAGAAGAAAGAAGAAGAAGAAAAAACAAACAAACACGGUCGGCAAAACUAAGGCUAAUGCAAUUGUUGUUUUCAAUAUUUAUUGUGUAGGUACAAUGUUUUUGUUCGUUCGUUUCUGUUUUCUCGUAUUCUUCCAAUCGAAACCAGCCUUCAACUAGAGUUGAUUGAACCAGCGCGCAAUACGUUCUUUUUUGUUUAACACUUUUUUUUUAAUUAUUUUUGUUUUCUAUCUGCAGUUGUUGCUGUUAUUGUAGUUGUUGUUAAAUGUCUUUAUUUUCUUUUUCGAACAGUUUUGUAAUUUCAACAAAGUAUACAGUCAAAACACAAACAAAAUAAUGUUAUGGAUUGCGUCAAACAAAAAUGUAAAUGUUUAUGUCUUUAUAAUGUCCAACCCAUGGAAGGGUUCAAGACAAAGACACUACUAUUUUUCUUACUAGUGACAUUAAUUUUAGCACAACGAAGUAACUACGGUUGGAAUUAGAAAUUUGACGCAGCGCUCACUAAAUUAUCUGAAACAAUUAAUACUAUUUUCUAGUAUCCUUUGCUGGCAGGUACUUGUUUUAAGCAGUAUUCUGCAAAGGCGUAAUAUCGGUGGCAACAAUCACUAACUUAUUGAUUCACUACUAUUUCUUCAGAGUCCAAAAAUGACCCUCUCAAAACCUUGUCUUAAGUUUCGAUUACGAUGUGCUUCUCAGACUAGCUCCCACUUUUGAAAUACUUACUUGUUUCACUUUUUCGGCGAAAAGCACCUCAGAGUUUAAUAAUUAACAUCAUAUUCGACAGCUCGUCCCCUUGCUUCAAACCAUCUAACGUCACAAACGAGUCCGAUGUCUCGCUCGCUAUUCUGAUGCUUGAUUUUGAACCAUCAUUUAACUGAAUCGUACGCCGCCUUAAAAUCCAUGAACAAAUGAUGAGUCUACAAGUUGAAUUCUCGGAAUUUAUCGAGCAUUUGUCGCAAUGUGAACAUUUGGUUCGUCGUGGAGCGUUCUACUCGAUACGGCUCUGGUAUUCGUCAACAAAGGUUUCCGACCUCCGUCUGUGAAAUAGGAUGCCGGAGAGAAUUCUAUAUGCAAAAUUGAGGAGAGUAGCAGGUACAUCGAUAAUUGCUGCAUUUAAAUCGAUGAUCCUUUUUGUAAAUAGGGCAUAUGAGACCUUCCAAACAGACCUUUUAUACUAAAGGCUGAUGGAUUGCACAAUACAGCCGUUCGCUCCCGACUUUCAAAAUGUCGGCCGGGAUGCCGCGCUUUCCAGCUGCUUUUUGAAGAUCGUCCAAAGUUAGUGGGUUUACAGUUUGUCCAUCAUCUGUAAUCGUAACUCUAUUUCUGUUGACAGCUCCAUCUUGUUCACCAGUACUUCGAAAUGUCACUUCCAACGCUUGAUCACCUCCGAUCUUUCGGCAAUCAGGUUCCCCUCUUUGUCGUUGAACGUAACAGGAGUUGGCAUGGUCCGGUUCCUAAUUUCGUUGAUCAUUUUGAAGAAUCGUAUCUCGUAUCGUGCUUCUCAAGGCGGUUCUCAACCUCCGCAAACCCGCGUGUUAGCGUUUCUUACGACGGUGACGUUUCUUUCAGGCAGCUCUAACUUCUCGGUAUCUCUCUCUGCUCUGGCGUGUCACAGUUGCAGUCAACAUGUGAGCUCUGGCACGAUUCUUCUCGUCAGUCACUCGAACGUCCGUCGAGCGUCGAACCACUGAACCACUGAAAGUAGCUGCAACAAGAGCACUCAACAUUUCUCGCGCAGUAGUACUGAUCGCAUCGUGGACGCGCUUUCACUGCUUCGGGUUCAGGUUUUCGCCAAAUUGUUCAGUAGUAACCGCCGAAUGUUCAGUGGUGUCUUUCGCAUUGAUGUCGAUUAGAAUACGUUGGACAAUCGGGCGUGAAGCUUGCUUACUAGCAGAUAGUAGUCCAAGUGGACGCUUGGUUCCCGGAAACCCCGCUUUGCUUUGUCAUACCAACUUAUUUAUUGGCAUGUAAAUUUAUCAGUAAACAUAAAUUUUGGUGAGAACCUCAACCUGGGCUAUUACUAGAUAAAAACUUCGCCCUGAUAUCUGUCCAAAACCCACUUUUACGUUCAUCUCCAAGUACGGAUUCUGGCCACACUGUACUAUUUGAUAGAACUUAAAACCUUUCUGAGGUGAAUUAUUUGUCCUCCAUUGCGGGCGGUACCGAACGUUUUCGCUAAAUCACACGAUCCGAUAAGUUCUGGUUGUUACGAUCGAUACGACGACGCUUAACUUGAGACUUUCGAACCGUUGGUCUUGUGUCCUUAUAUCGCAUGACCGUUUCUGAAUAACUUCUCUCUUACUCUAUAGACAUUCUAUUUCUCGACUGUUUGGUCUAUUCUUUCUCUUUUGUUACCGUCUUUUUCUCUCAAACCCGUCACUGAACACAUAGAAGAACCCUCUGCGUGUUGCUCUAUCGUUACAACCCUCCCUUUUUCAGAAUUUAAUUAACAUACAUAAUUCUCUGACCAAACAUAUUAUAUUGGACUGUACAAAUUCUACACCAGACAAUUUUAAGACUCAACUAGGGCUCUUCGGUGUCUUUCUAGCAUAAUACGAUUAUUGGUUGCCAAUAUACAUGUCUGUUGUGUUGGUCGACAUCUCUUCCGCUGGCUCAUUUGUUGUUUUUGACGGAUAAGCUGGUCGCAUGAUCUGGUCUUCUAACCCCUCUCUAGUAUCUGUAGUUGCUUGUCUAGCUUUUUAAGAUGCGUGCUGUUUCAGACGUAAGUUUUAUCUGUUGCGUUGAAUUUUUAUGUAGGCAGCCUCUUUAGUAGCUCCCUUAUCUCCAACUUAUGAUGUUUGGCCUGGCAAUGAAUAUCUGCAUUUUGCUUGUGAUACUUCUUCAUUGCCAUGUCCUUGUCCUUGCUGGCUUCGAAAAACAAUGUCGUAGGCUUUUGGAUUGAUGGUAUUCCGUUGUAGGUUUAUCUUCCAAAAAGUUAUUCCAUCAGGCAAAAUGCCAGUAGUCUUUUGCGGAGUUGAGUGAUACAGUAUCAAGUACCUGUUUGUCAGUUUUCCAGUCAGUGCCUUGAUGCCUUGAAGGGAGCUGACUUUUCCACGUUUUCCUAUAUUGCGGAUCUGUCUUUCUACAGCAUCGGGCCAAUAUGGGAUGGAAAUGUUGCGGCGUAUUCCACAAUUGAGGCAAAAGUUUUUGAAAUCAAUGGCCUUGAAUUGAGGACCGUUAUCAGCUCUAACAAACCUUGGAAUUCCCAAUGAACUAAACAUUUUAAAAAGGCCUCCUAUUACUUGUUGCGUAGUCGCUAGUUUCAUUGCUUCGAUUAUAAUGAACCGCGAAGUAUAGUAAACUACCCUUAAAAGCCCGCGCAGAAUUGGUACUUCAUAGUUGCGUUUGCGUAGUUUUGGCAGAUAAUCUGUCAAAUUGUAUGGGAGAACUUGAAAUCUAUAGCAUGGUUUUGCCAAGGCUGUUUAGGAGUUCUUCGGGACAUAGGAUUGAGUAUGCCGGGAAGAGAUGGUAUUUUGCAGAGUUUACACUUUUGCACGUGUGAAUCUAUCAUCUUGUCAAUUGCUGGAAGUUUCCUGAAUACAUGGCUUCCUUCACGUUAUGAAGUUCAUCAUCGUCAUCAUCGAGACACGUUUUUUCAAGGUCGCUAAUGGUCUUCCUUGUUUAGAACGCCACGCUAUAAACAUCCGGGUCUUCCGAAGAACAUUUUAAUCUCUUGUGUUAAUCUAGAGAGUGGAUCAGCUAAAUUAUGUUCUCCUGGUUCGAAUUUCACGGUGAAAUCGAAGCUCAAUAGCUGCAAAAUUCAGCGCUCCAUUCGUAUCCAAAAUCAAUUUUCUCCAAAACCGGUAUUUCGCUAUUAAUAAAUCGUCCGGUAUUACCGGUUUCGGUACUACCGGUGCUACCAGCCACACCACCCUAAUUUCGAUUAUUUGUAUAAGUAUUUUAAAAAUUAUCAACAACUCUAAUCAUCAUACACGACCGUUUCAGUUCAUAGUAGAACUCGUAAAUAGCGCCAAUUACUGUAACGGUAAAAGUUGAAAUAAAUACUUACUGGUAUCCCAAUAAUGCACUUGGUUUACCUGUUAGUAGUGACGGGUAAGCCAAACAUGAAAUCUUUUGCACUCAAAUUGUGUAGAAAUGCAAUUCUGUUUACUCUUUCAGGAUCAAUAUGACUUUUUAAGUCACGUCCUUAAAGGAAACAUGUUCUCUUUUUCUCCUCCCGGUACCGGAAAAUAUUUGAGUUAACUGGUUCUAUUCCACUGGUCAAAUUCUAUGGUUAACUCAUUUCUCAGGGUUGCCGGUUUCUUGUGAGCUAUAUUUCUAUUUUUAAUCUUUGUUCAAUUUCCUCAGGCACAAAACUUGAUUGACAUGAUUGCGACGAACGUGCAGCUCGUGCCACAGAUGCUGAUACCUGAUGGCAAAUUUGGUGUCCUAUAUGGGUUUGAAGUGUAAAUGGGAAUUGAAGUUCUUAAAUGUCAGGUGCAGCAGGAAAUGUACUCGGAGCAUAAAUUGAUACAAACACUCUAAGGCCAUCAAUUUCUCUUUUGGAUUUUCUUCAAAUGCCGAGACUUUAGAUCCUUCGCAAUGCUUGUUCUUGGAUUGAUUUCUUCAAUGGCCUUGGAUAGGCGUUGGAAUAACACGGCUAAGCGUUGAAUUUUUGUCCCAGCUCAAAUCCUCUGUCACUUAGUGUUAAGGUUCCAGAACAGCCAUCAUUUUCUCCUACUUUCGUUUAUUCUUAGGUGAAAUCAUUUCAACCUUAUUCAACCAUUCAACCAACCUACAUACGAUGCUAAACUUUCAUUAUAGUUUCAAUAUGACCAUUAAGUUCUAAAAACCACUUGAUCAUCCCAUAUUCAGAGUUCUAUCUUGUAAGUAAAAAAUGAGCAAAUUUUAAAGGGUUUUUCUCUGUUUUCAACUUGAGUUCUAUGCGAAUUCAAUUCAACUGAAUUCAACUUGAUCACUAGCGGACGUCGAAAAUCGAAAAACCCAACAAUUUUUGUUCUUGAACUUUGUUCAUCUUACAAGUAGAUCGCUCACCAAAUCAUGUAGGUAUUUCUUGGCAAACUUUGUAAGCUGCCGGAACACCACUUUGAUGUACGUCUCAUCAUCCAUGAUGAGACAAUGAGGCUUCGUCAGCAUCUGGGUGUAUAGUUUCACGACUUGGAGCCUUCUGCACUUUGUACGUAUGCAGUCGGUCCCUCCCAGUCCUUGGCUCUUUAAAAGAAACACUUGGACAGAUUUAACUUUUUGGCUACAUCAUUGACCGAAACAUUGGCGUUCCGCUUAAACUCUUUCACGCCACGCUUGUGAUCCUGAUCACUGAUAGAACAUCCAUUCUGACCGCACUUCUCUUUCUGUUUGAUGCUCAGAGAUUUGUAGUAACGUUUAAUCACACGAUUCACCGUUGACCUACACGAUUCCGAAUUGUUUUUCGAUGUCCCGAUGAGAGAGUUGAGGAUUUUCAAGAUGUUUGCGCAAAAUCAAUUCGGGACAUUGCUUUCCGGGUGACAUCAUUUUUUCUAUUUUCGAAAAACUAACAGCGAUAAAAAUAAAGUGUAAACAGUACACUCUAAACUACUUCUAUCCAAAUUUUCGAGAAAAAAUACCCAAUGGGUAUUUUUCUCCAGCGUUUUUUCCAUGAUGCAAUUUCAUGUGAGACGCCCUUUAACUCCGCUCAUUUCUCAACCAUUUCGAAUGGUAUUUAUAUCAGUCGGUCAGAAAUCUUUCUAUGAAUUAAACGAUAUAGUGUAAACAAAUCUUUUAACGACAAGGUCGUCAGAGUCCAUCUAUGGUACCGAAUAUAAUCCUUCCCUUCCCUUCUUUAGUGUACCAACAUGCUCUCAUAGACUCGGGAAACCAUUACAGAAAUAUAAAAUUAGUUCAACUAACCUGCUAGCCGUAAUAAGAUCUUGCAACUCGAAGCACUAAACAUUGCAUUCUAUAAGUUCUAUUACUUUUUCGGGCAUUAAUUACACUAAAUUAUGAGAUUAAUGACCAAUUAAUAUUCAUCGCUAUGUUUUCACUUUUUCGCCGUCGACUUUUCAUUAAUUUUUUCAGCUGUUUCAGUUGUCAAAUUACUCUCGAGACUUAACUUGAGGCACGCAAAACUUUAAUUUACCACCCGAACAGUUAUUUAGAGAGAUAUUAUAACCAUUUUGCUCAAAUUGUUCGCUUAAAUUGAUAGAAAAAACUUCACUUCGUUUCGAUUGCAAUUCCGAAUCCGCGAUCGUCGUUGUUAUACGUUGUCAACGUAAACAUUUGAGCAUGAAAUUGAUCAAUUAUUUUCGCUAUUAAAUUAAAGGUCGUAGAGUGUCGAUAAUAUAGUUAUAAAAUUCACUGAUAAUAACAUUCACCGUAAACAACAUUUUAGAUAGAAUUAUCUGGUUCAACAGCCAAAAUAGACACGCGAUUCUAAUUGUUUCAUAAUUGUUCGUAACAGAUUAUUACCUACUACCAACAACUCUGUUUCCCAGGCACGGACGACCAUUACAAACACCAAGCUUUUGGCUGCUCCUAUUUGAAGACAAAGGAGCAAUACAAACUCGCGUGUUUUUUUUUGCUUACUACAAAGCACAGCAAGUCUUCGCAGCCAGCUGUAAGAGUACGGGACAACUAUAGGACUAGUGCUACAAUUCCUUUGACUCUUACAGCCUCUUUCAGUCGAGAUUCAAACAUGUGACGUCGGGUUUAUUUUACCAGUGCCGCACCACGAGGCCAACUGAAAGGCUCAGACUUUUUGCUUUUCUAACGCUACAAACAAGCGACAGCGACAGUGCAGUUAUGGACUAUCUUAUUAAUGUCUGUUCUCUUAUUGUAACAAUAAUAUAUUAUUUUGAGGACUUAAGUUUUCUCCUAGAACUUUGUUAAUAGCUGGAUGCGUGCGGCAGGUUUCUAUACUGAAAUACUCUUUUGGUAAAAAAUUUAGGCAUUUUAAUAUUUUUCCAUGAAACAUAAUUGAAAAUACUUGCUAAAGACACAUACCAUGUAAAUAAAUGUCACAGCUUUAUUUUUAGUGAGGGCUUAAAGAUGAAUCAUGUCUUAGGUGAUCGGAAUUAGGUGCUUUCACGGUAUUCGUUCUUGAAUCUGUUUAUGAAUUAUUAUUCUUUGCAAAAUAGCCAACGUGUGUUCUUUUUUUAAUUCGAAAUAAUUUCGACUUUUCAACUACUUUGCUGUGUUGUUUUAAACAAAAAUAAUGUCUUUUUUUCUUUUUAUUUAUUCGUAUAUGACUUUAUACGCGGUCAUGACGUAAAGUAUUUUGGAAAGGGAGGAAGUGUCUGAUGCGAAGAAUGAAUAAUUUGAUGAACUGGAAGAUUUCGAUAUAGACCAAAAAUAUAUGGAGUUGUACAAUGGCAAGUAAACUUCUGCCGCCCGUUAUAUGAGGUACUCUUAUGCCUAGUCUUGUUUUAUUCACUCAAUUUUCUCCUUCCCAUAUACGCACCACACACUCGUACGCCCAUGUACUCCUCCGGUGGGGGCUAAUCACGAGACUUGCCGGAACGACUGGACUGUCGGCAACGCAUUGCUUGUUUCUAUCACACUGACCGACUUGAUAACAGUCUAUCUUCCCGGCGAUAGAAACAAAAAGUAGUCAUACAAAAAUAAUAUCGUCCCAUAGGUGGAAUAUGUGGUGCGUAUACGGGAAUGAUAAAAUUGGGAGAAUAAAACAAAAUUUGGUAUUAGACUAGCGCGGGCGGCAGUAGUUAAGUGAGUGAAACACUCGGAUGCCAACCGAAAGAGAAUGGAUGUUAGCCCUACCCGUCACUGUACGACCCCAUAUAUUUUGGUCUAUAUCGAAAUCUUCCAGUUCAUUCAAUUAAUCAUUCUUCACAAAAGACAUUUUCUUCCUAUCCAAAAGAGUAAUGCUUUCAAAAUUCUGUGUUUUUUUUGUCAAAUAGCUAUGUAUUACGCAUAUUACGUAUUACGUCCUACGAUAAACAAAGCACCUUUUAUAGAGGCUCCUCAAGCCUUAACUAAUGCGCUCUUGUGUGUGUGUUAGUUAUUGAAUGUUGGCUAUAUGUCAUUAUGUAGCGUGAAAAGUUUCAUGAAACCUUUCGAAGUGAUUUAUUCAAAUGAUUUAGCUCUGCAUGGACGACAAUUGGAGGAAAAACAUUGCGCCGAAAGUCUCUAUUUAUACGCUUGCGUUUGAUAUUAACGAUUAACGAACUAACUUUAAUAACUAUGUUUCGAUGGCGCAAAAUUCGCACAACAAUUGUAUGCACGCGUAUUUUCUACCAACGAAAAAUGAUUUAGUUCUAGUUAGAAGUAACCGUAACAUCUUCGUAACUAGGACCACUGUCCACAAUACCUAUAGCGUAGAUAUGUCUCACUCUAUUCUAGCCCAUUGAGUGAUUUGCUAAAUUAUCAAACGAUAUCGUUAAAUUGUUUCUAUUUUCGUUUUUAUUGUAUUCAUACUGUUCAUGGAAAUAUUUGUGCAAUUUAAAGUGUUCUUUUGAUUGUUAUUUCUUACCUCACAUUAAAAUGAUCUUCCCAACCCGUAGUAGAUUUCUUUCUCUCGUAAAUAAAGUAAAGCAAAGAACGAGUCGAAUUUCGCUAUUGAGUUCUGUUUUAUAACACAAUUGCAGGGCAGUCAUGAAGCCCUGACAAAACAGGGCACCGAAGCAAUCCAUGGCUAAUGAGACCAAAAAAUGAAGUUUAUUUGCUACUGAAGUUUACUUCUUUGUUUGCAAAAAUCAAACAGCAACCAGUCAAAGUUUGGUUACGGACAAGCUCUGACGUACCUAUCAGAAACCCGUUAAAAGAGAACAGAAAUAAACGUCAAGUUCUUCCAUCAAAUCAACGACAAUUAGCGAAUCAAUCAUUAUUUCAUAUCUAGUACAAGAAGGCAGAAUGAUGCCGACGUUGACUUAGUUUUGUUAUAGAUCCAUUUUCUUUUUUUUUUUUUGUUACGUUUUCAAACACGCUUCAAAUUGUUAUAGCAACCAACAUCUGUUUAUAUGUCAUCCAUUUUUCUGUUUAUCUUCAGUUUACUCUUAGCUUAUUACCUUUUUUAUCAGUUUCCUACAUUAAUCAACUAUCACUGUCAAGCUUUUCACUCAAAAACUUAAAUUACGGCUGGUUCAUUCGUUAGUUUUGUUUUCCUCUUUUUUCAAGACUCAUUGUCCGAAAAUUAGUCAAAAUUAUUGAUCCAUUUUUUUUUGUUACAUUGCAGUGGCCUACAGAAUAGGUAAACUCAUAGUUGAGCAAAUUGUUGAACUUAAAAACAGACAGAUUAAAACUGCAAACGCAAAUUCGAUUUUGUACCCGUGUAGAUUGUACCCUACUGCAGCGGCAGAGUGCACCCUGCUCUAUUUUGUUUUCUAAAUUUAUUUACAAUGAGAAACCACUAUGAUGAUGGCGCGUACGGUUCUCCCCGUACACUAAAAACGUAGACUAAACGAUGAAAAACACAUCGCAAAAAGGCAACUUUAUCAUUUCAUUCAUGGAACUCAUGGUGUAGAAAGAAAAUCGUGUGUGAAGAAAGUAACAGCAGACAAAAAAAAAACACAAGAGACACAGUAGGCUAAUUUUAGGCAAAUUUUCGGCAUAAUAAAACAAAGAUUUCCCCCUCCCUCUAGUACGCGAAAUGCUGAAGAAAUCUUCUUAGGUCGUACGAUUCGAGUCAAUGUAAAUUGGCAACAAAAUUAGAAAUUAAAGGAAAAAAAACUAAUCUUAAGAGCCUAUCUUGAUUGUAGGACAACAACAACAGUUGGGAAAAGUGUACACGUAAAUUGGCAAAAUUAUUUUACUAUGUUUUUUUUAUCUCCGGCAUAAAGUGGAAUGUAUUUUCAUUACUGGCAAAAGGCAAGAAAAGAGAAAUCAAACAUUGAGAAAAAAACCUUGUUACGGAAUAGUCCUAACUAGGCAGUAGUAGGUUUAACGAAAAUUGUAUCUUUAAGUAUUGCAGGACAACGGUGGAAACUUUAUUCUAACAGCAAAACAGUGAACAAGAGAAAAAAACAACACUUAAACACUAAAUUUAAAUACAUGAAUAAAAAAAGAAACAAGAAGAGAAUUAAACCGGAAACACUGUGUUCAAUUUACGACUCUGAAUUCAUACAUUGAUAUUGAUCAGCUUUACUUUUUAUUGUAAC